AUGGGAGCUGUACUGUCUUACAUGGGAUCUAUACUGUCUUACUUAUUUGGGGGCUCAGUGGUCGCCGGCGAAGAUUCAGCAUCUGAUGGUCAAUCGGGUGUUACAGCGUUCCACUCUUCUGCCCGUUGGCAGCUCCACUUCAAUUCCAUGAAAAACACGACCCAACUGAUGGUGAUUGAUUUCGCGGCAUCUUGGUGUGGGCCCUGCAAGCUCAUGGAACCUGCAGUCCACGCCUUGGCUGCCAAAUUUACUGACGUUCAGUUUGCCAAGAUCGAUGUUGAUGAAUUACCUGACGUAGCACAAGAGUUUGGGGUGCAGGCAAUGCCAACAUUUGUGUUGGUGAAGAAAGGGAAUGAAGUGGAUAGGAUAGUAGGAGCCAAGAAAGAGGAGCUCCAGAGUAAGAUUGAAAAACACAGGCCUUUCCAAGCUGCUGCUUGA